UUUUUCGCGGUGGUUCAUCUGUGCCUCAUCAUACCACUGACAGAUAUUUCCCUGGUAGCUACACCUGUCAGCCAACAUGAUUUGACAAGGCUCUCCCAUUUGCACCUUCCUACCUUCCCCAGUCACACAACGGUCGUCAUCGGCCUCACCACCAUUACACGACCCACGUGUCCCGUUGCCCUCAACCUACCUAACCCAUCCGCUGGUAACCGCAUCGGCCGGCCAUAACCAAUGUCCCGAUACACCAACGCACGCCGACAUGCUGCCGGUCUAGGCCGGUAUGCCGAGAACCCGGACCUUGGCAAGCUCAAGUACUGUCCCGACAUCCAGUUAAACGAGGAACACCCAUCUGUUCCUUUUAUGCCCCCAGUUCCAAGCUUCAAUGGCGCCAACGAUGUUUGGUCCAGUUUUCCCCGACCCAUCGAGAAGAAUGACUGGGUGCGUCGGAUCACAGGGGAGCAACCCCCUGCUCGAGUAGGGGAGUCGUCCCAAACGUCCCAGGCUGAGCUCGGGCGCCUUUCAUCUCGGUCCUACUCACUUCGCGUGGGGGACUCCAACGACUUCGCCUCGGUCUGGGAAUCGAUUGUAAUUCCUGCCCUUACUGACCUCCUCCAACAAUACUGCGACUCUGACUUCGCGGUCGACGUACACAACUUCCCUGAGCUCUCCACAGAUGCCGUCCCCCGUGUGAUCUACAUCACACUGAGCGACCAUGUGGAUUCCUCGUUUGAAGAAACCAUCCGUACCGAGCUUGCCCAUGCAGUUCCCACUCACUUCCACCCCAUCUACCUCAAGUUCCGUAGAGGUGGUCCCCAGAGAUCCGGGAUGUGGUGGGGCCAGGAAAGAGGCGACCAUGAUGACAUUUGUGAGCCUCGCAACAUCACUUACCGUCCCGCCCCCAUAAUGGGCAUCUCGAUCGGUCCAGUCCAAGUAGCCGACGCCGCUUCACUCGGGGGCUUCAUCAAAAUCGGCUCUGAGCUGUAUGCCAUGAGUGCCGCUCACGCCUUUGAGGAUGCUGUCAAAAAGGGGCACGCCCGCGUUCAUCACCCAGCUAAACCCGACUUCCACAAGAUCACGCCUAGUGAUCCUCGCGCGAAACAAUACGUCAUUGGGACUGUGGCUAUGAAGACGCCGUCUGGGACACUUCGUCCAUCGCUUACCUUUCAGAACACGAAUUUCUCGGCAGAACGCACCAAGGUUGAGAUGGACUGGUGUCUCAUUGGACCGGUGAAAAACGGGAAGAACAUAAUCUCGGUGCCCAGUUUCCAAAUGGAUCGGUGCAUUGCUGUGGAGCAGACGGCGCCCGUUGAGGGGAACACCGAGGUUUAUGCCAUGGCGAGGACAAGCGGGUAUUCGCUUGGUUUUGUAUCUGAUGUGCCUGGGUUGCAGAGAAUUGGCGGACAUCUGAGGAGGGAAUGGACUGUCAGACAGUACUCCCCUUUCAAGCACCCGAGGGACAGUCGAGCUAGUGCGUCUUGGCAAACAUUGAAGCAAUGGGUGACUUCGGGAAUGGGGGUGCCCGGGGACUCGGGGGCAUGGCUGAUGCGGCGCUCUGACAAUGCGGUCAUCGGGCUCAUCUGGGGACGCAACCAUGACUAUGGUGAUCCCCUCGAGCGAGUUCGUCUGACCUACUUCACCCCCAUGGUGGAUAUCCUCAAAGAUGUCUCGCUACCCAGCUACUCGGCCACAGAUCUGGCACGGGCUUCUGAUAGCCAGCGUAGCGCAGUGCACUUGGAUCCAUCUCGAGACCCGUGGAAUGCCCUGGCAUCAGAUGUGAUUCAGCAGCAUCGCCACACCCAAGAGGACCUCAUCAGGGAUCAUUUCGUCGACAAUAACAUCCCUCCUCUGGCGCAGUGUUCGAUCGCCCACCACCUGCCGAGUCUGGUCUCAGUCUGAUGGAGAGUUUGUCUCAGCCCAUUGAGGCAUCUGUUCUCGCAGCAGGUCGUCAAACACUGCCACCUUAUAGCGAGGGCCAGCACUCAACGUCAACUUUGCGCUCUCAAGAUCGAUUGCUUCUUGGAAUCGGGGAAAGCGUAUCAGUGCCCGGUCUUUCCAGCUCAUCAUCCAUCCAUUCGAGUGUCGGAUCCAUGGGUGAACCUUUUGAUGCUAUAUCCGCUGGAAAUGGAGUGCACAUUGUCGAAGAACAAGGCGUGCACGAAGACAUCAUCGAGGUCGAAGAGCCUGUCAGGUCCAAAGCCUGUUUUACUGCUGCAAACCCCCCCCCCCUUUCCAAGGUUGAGCUUCGUUCGGCCGUGAAAAGCGGCAAGACUCUACGCCAAAGUUCUUGCAAGUUGCCCGAUGGGUGCCAGUUCUCCGAAGAUGCCGAGCCACACAAUAUUCCCUGCCUAUCCGUCGGAUAACUCGGCUCGGUGAUGAUGGCGAGUGCAGUAUCCCAAUACAGUAUUCCUUGUCAAAAGUUGGUGGUUGAGGCCGAGUUGUUUGACUGCAGAGGUCUCGAUUAUGGCUGCGACCGAGACUGACUGGACCUGCCGUGGGUGGUGUCAGCGAGGCUACCAUAUUUCUCGGGCGACCACGGCGUUAUAGCCAUGGUGGCAUCAUGACACCACAACUUCUUGCGACCCGUCUGCUUUCCUGACGAUGCAGAUGUUGUUGUGCCCUACUGGUGGACUGCUAAGAUCUUUGCAUCAUUGAUCAUUCGUUGCCCCCACAGUCGCCUUGCUAGCCCGCACUCAUCGAGUGCGGGGAAAUCACGAGGCUGGAGAGCUGGUUGGGUGGCCUUGUCUUCGGUCACCAGGGCCGAGAGACAGGCUGAGGAGGAAGAAAGCGCUUGAAAGGCAGAUCGCGCCGAAGGUCCUGAAGGCACCUAUUCAAUAAGGUUCAUGUGAGGCCCGGAAUACCUACCGGGCACACCCUUAUAUGACCCCGUCUGCCUCUUGAUUCGACCGAGGGAUCCGAUGCCUCCUUGAAGGGUGCGCUCUGGGUAGGAAAGGUGUGCCUGUCUUGGGAUGUCUGCCUUGAAGCAAGGACCGUACCUCUAUGCAUAUCCUGUUGGGUUGCACAAACCGAUAAUGCUACAGAACGUGUGUCGAUUUCCACGCGAAAUCUUCUCACGUUUCUGGAAAUCCCGGUGGCGCAUGGCGGGGUAACAAUGAUAUUGUUUGGCUGCAUAUACCAUACGCGUUGUGAGAUAGAGGCAGCAGCAAAAAUGAAGAGAAACAAUCCGCGGGUUGGAUCAUGGCCCCCACCCCACCUUGGCCGCUUUAACCAAAGGUUGAUUGGGACCUCCUCACUGUUGCAUACAGUGACGUCGAGCUCGAUCCAACAGGAAGGAUUGAUCAAGUAGUAGAUGCACGGUGUCACAGGCUCACCGAACAUGGAAUAUAAAGGAUCCUCAGGAUCCCCUCAAUUUGAUCAAGUUUGGGUCUAGGCUGUUGGUGGCACGGCUGCCGUCUAGCCCGUCCUGC